AAUACUUGCCAAGUUCCGGGUGACAUGAGCUGAGUUUCCGCGCGUUUUCGGAUUUGGGACUGGCUGUAAUGUUAUAGUAUACGAAGAUGUUGAUGGAAACAGUCGUCUGCAAUUGUAGGCCAGGUUAAGUUGACAAUGUGAUUCUGUUAGAGUCAUAACAUUAGCGAGACAUUCAAUCAUGUUGCUACCAUCUGAUAUUGCGCGACUUGUUCUUGGGUAUCUGCAACAAGAGGGUCUCAGUGCCACAAGUAGAGCAUUCGUGCUGGAGAGCCCCAAUCUGAAAGAGUAUGCAGAGCAUAGUACAGAGGAUGGAUUUAUCCCAGCCUGUGUGUUUUCUCUUUUUGGAAAGAACUUGAAAACUAUUUUGAAUGAAUAUGUAGCUGCCAAAACAAAGGAAAUAAGUGAAGAGAAUCAGGUUCCUGCCAUGUUGACAUCAUUAUGGAAGAAGCUGGAUGUCACUCUUAAUCAGAUCAAAUGUAUGCAGAACUCUCCAAUUGUCUACUCAAGCCAGAGGAUGCGUACAAAAAAUGGCAUCAUGAGGCACAGGGCCCUGUCAAGCCCUCUGGCGUCUCCCAUUCCUGGAGGUGUGAGUGUGUCCAGUCCCAUCCCCACCCCACACAUAGACCCAGGGCACUCCACCCCCGUGUGCAUCUCCUCCCAGCAGCUUCGGCCGUCACCUCUGGCCUUCAGUCAUUUUCAGGAUGGCAGCCGCCUGUCCAUCAACCUGAGCCACAACACCCCACUGCAAAUUAUUGUUCCUGACCAGAGAUUUACCCCAGGACCGUUAUCCCCAGCACGCAGAAAGUGCGAUUCGCCAAGAAGAAGGGGGGGGUGCCUGGCUUCAGGGAGUGGAAGCACACGGGCCAGCCUGGUGACCAGCGGCCUUAUUCAAGAAGGACAAAGCCAAGAAGUGGGGUCGGAGAAUUUCCCACAAAUGGUAAUAGAUAGUGCCCGUGAGAAGAUCCUGAAGGACCGUUCACUACAAGAGAAGCUUGCUGAAAAUAUUAACAAAAUACUUGCCAGUGACAAUAGUCCACAAGCUUCAAAAGCAGCAUGCAGCUCAGUAGAUCAAGACCCGUCAAUUGAUGAAAUUCUGGGCCUCCAGGGGGAGAUCCACAUGUCGGAUGUUGCCAUUCAUGACAUUUUGGAGCAGACUGAGUCGGACCCUGCCUUCCAGGCUCUUUUUGAACUCUUUGACUACGGUAAAGGUAGAACAAGCGGCACUGAGGAGAUUGAAGGAGGCCAAAGAGACCAGGACGGCGAGGAGAUUGGUUUUGUGGAGGAGCUAGCUGAUGUUGUUGACCCAAGUCCUGUGCAGGAAGACUCCGCGUCUUGUGCAGAGCCUUCAUCUGCACCUAAAUCAAAGACGAGAGGAGCUCAAGAGGCCAAGAACAAGAGGAAGUCCACCCCGUCUUCAAAUGCAUCCAAGAAUCCUACUCCAAUCCUUCCUUCAGCCCUGACUCCCAGACAGCCAGCCUCUGAGAACCUGGCCUCAGGCCGAGGGUCGACUUUGGACCCAAAGCAGAGGGGGAGCAGGAGGCACACACGAGCCUCUCAACACGCCUCACAAGCCAGCAAGAGCACAGCAGCUGAGGAGGAAGUGAGUAUGGACGUAGACAGCCCUCUGGCACCUGAGACCGACUCAGUGCCUUUGACACAGGAAAUGCCUGAGGCCAGCAAAGGUCAAAGUCCAGAACAGCCUCCAGCCACAGCAGGCAGCAGCCAACUGCUGGGAGCCACACCUGGCCUCCCUUUAAGCAUUCUGGUCUCUGGAGCCACACCUGGCCUCCCUUUGAGCAGUCUGGCCUCUGGAGCCACACCUGGCCUCCCUUUGAGCAGUCUGGUCUCUGGAACCACAGCAGGACACGAGGUGCAGCUAGAAUCAGUGCAAGGGCAAAGUGCUCAUCGCCCUGUAGAGAAGACACCAGAGGUGCUGAGUGGACCUCACACUAACAAAGAGUCUGUCGGAGAACAAGGCCCUCUGUCUAGCUCCCCAGUUAAGAACAGUACCCAAGGAAGGGAAGUCAUCCAGAAAUCCCAGUUGCCAGACAGGGUGAGGGGGUCAGAGGUCAGCUCUGUGCUCCCAUUGGCUCCAGCUGCUUGUCCUGCUGCUGUGUCCUCGUCCUCGUCCUCGUCCUCCUCCUCCUCAGCUGUGCAGACGGACCCCAAUCAGAUAGUCUCUCUGAAGAUCAUAGUGAGUGAUGAACAGGAGCAACCCUCCACAGAUCCCACGCUCAGCCAGGCUGUGUCCAGCAUUAGUGAGGAGGGCAUCCCCACCAUAUACCUCUCCUCCCCGGCCAAGUCCCCAGCCAGGGGGGUGUUGCUGUCUGCCCCCAGCUCCGGGGUGACCCCUGAGGAGACAGUCCAGGCAGUGAGCUGCCUUCAGAGGACUGAGGUCAGUCAGGAUGGCCAUCAGCGGGCCCCUGGAGGUGCUGGAGAUGGCCCCAAGGAGCCCGGCUUCUUCCAGCUGCUUCCAGCCAGUGCCGGCUUCAGUGGCCCCAGCAGCUACUUUGUAGUGACAGACCAGAUGGUGCCAGGAGACCGCCAGUCCAGCGUGGUGGUGGUUCCAGGUGCUCCGGCAGUCCAGGGUCAGGUGACCACGUUGCCCCAAGUUCUGGCUACACCACCGCGGUCACGAGCAGUACCACAGUCUUACGGUUCAACCUUCAUCAUAUCAUCUCCAAUCCAGUCCAUGCUGCAGAAUGUGGUCGUGCCCAUGUCUGUGAUGGGCCAGAGUAACACAGGGAAGUUCACUGUUGUUCCCAAUCAGGUACUAACUUUGCCCUGCACAACAUCUGUGGCCCAGCCAGCAGCCCUUGUCUCAAAACCCAAACUGGCCCCUCGACAGGAUGCCAGGAACCCUGGUAAAACAGUCAAGUCUGGUGCUGGUCCAGUGCAGAAGGCAGCGGUGCCCUUGCCCUUGCCUUCUCCUUCUCCUUCUCCUUCUCCUUCUCCUUCUCCCAGCACAGAGAGCAUGAAGACUGGAGGCUAUGUGAGGAUGCUCUGCUUCGACCCUCCCUCUUCAAACACUCCAACCCCACCAGCAGCUCCAACAGCAGCCCCUGCAGCCAGCCAGAGUCCCACGCAGACCAGGAGCCCGGCCCCCACCAGCACCCCCCCCACUGAGAAACAGACCAGGAGCCCGGCCCCCACCACCCCCACCCCCACUGAGAGACAGACUAGUAGAGAUGGGGUGCGUGCGCUCACCCCCAAACCCAUCAUCCUCGGAGGCAACAGGGCCAAGAGGAGGGUGGAGACGGUCCGGGUGGAGGACAAAACUCCCCAGCCCUUGGCCUUCAUCGUCCCCCAGAACAGGGACUCCUCGGUGAGGGAUCUAUCGGGGGUGAAGGACAUAAACACAACCAGCAGCAGCUUUGAAGCUCCCAAAGGGCCAGCAGCUGCCCAACAGGGGCCCAGCACACGGUCCGAGUCCAGGAGGAAGUCACACAUGACGGAGAAACCGGACACAGGAAGCGCAUCGAGCAAUGUGGCCCUGAACACCACGGCCUCUGAGCAGUCACACAGGCACAGGACCGUGUCCAGCGGGGCCAAGAGGGACGGACAGGAGUCGGGCAAACAGGACACGGUUAAUGGACAAGAUGAGAGGCCAGCACCCCCACAGGAGGUCACUCCUGUCACCGCCAACAAGGAGAAGGAGCUGGAGGCCCACCAGGGGAGGGAGAAGGAGAAGGAGAGGACCCAGCUUGCCCCCCCGGCUCCUCAGGAGCCUGUCUCGAUCACCUCCUCCCGGACCACUCCAGCUGCCUCAGGAGCACCCUGCAAGGCCCUGAGCAAGACCAGCCCGCUUACCAAACAAGCUGCCGAAAUGCUCCAGGACAUCCAGGGCCUCCACCCUACAGCCACCCCACCCAAGAAGCCAGGGCUGGGCUGCCUGGAUAUGCCCCUGCCUAGAACUCCUGGCCUGGGCCGCCUGCACGAGGACUCUCUGGAUUGCCUCCGUACGCCAGGUAGGCAGCGCCCCGGCCGAGAGGCAGAGGGCACACCGCGCCACCUUCUCCCACCGGCCACGCCUGAGCUGCCCGCCUGCAGCCCGGCCAGUGAGACGGGCAGCGAGAACAGCAUCAACAUGGCCGCCCACACGCUCAUGAUCCUGUCGCGCGCCGCACGCACCGGGGGGCCGCUGAAGGACAGCCUACGCCAGGAGGAGGCCGCCGCCCCCACGGCCGUGUGCAAGAGCAAGAAGCGCAAGCCCAGCCCUGCUGACAAGAAGGAACAUCCAGGCGCCUCCAGCAGCAAGAAGAAAGCUAAGAAACAGAAGAGGCUGUUGGAUUCUUUUCCAGACGACUUGGACGUUGACAAGUUCCUGUCAUCACUGCACUAUGAUGAAUGAGGACUGCUCCACAGCUGCAAUGCUCUUAGUGGACACUGUAAACCAUAUAUGUGUUAUGAGCAUUUUGCUGCACAAAUGGUUUGGAAGUGUGAAUCACAAUGCUGUAUAAAAAAACUAAGUUUUUCUGGUUGUAAUACAGUGGAUGUCUCAUAUUUAAAAAACAGUUGUAAAUACACAUUCAUUUAACUUUGUAUUAAAUGCUCUGAUUUUUAAA